AUGCGGCUGAGGCAUGUAAUUUGCGGCUGGUACUACCCGCAGAGGGAAACUGAUCGAGCUGGUUGGCUACGGGCCUACAUUCGCAACUCGCGGGGUCUGUUCAACCGAAUGGUGCAUCGUUUCCGCACACGCCACCUCAAUACCCAACGGGGACAGGUUCGGCUGCCCAUACUGGAACGCUACCUUCUCACACAUCCUGACACGCUCUGGUACCUGGGCUUUUGCGGUAUAAAGCGUGCCUACUGUAUUUCCUGUGGGGAGUGCGGCAAACCCAAUAAUAAGGUGGAAUUUGCGGAGAAAUUUACUCAGUGCUCCGAAUGCGGUGCCUACUACUGCUUGAACUGCCAGGUGGAUCUGAAACAGAUUUGCCUGAACUGUCGUAUACCACUGAAUGUCCUCAAGGUGGAUGUGGAUUUGGAAAAGGUGAGUUCUGAGGAGGAGAUGGAGUACUUCUGUGGUAAAUACCUCAAACGCAACCCACAUGACAAUUUCCGGGUGCCGCCGGAGGAGAUGGAUUUCGACACGAUGAUGGCGGAAUACGACAGGAUACACCAAAGAAGGAACACAAGUGAACAUGGAGUCGGCAACUCAGCCGAACCCUACACCAAGCCCCCAGGCAGAAACGCCUGA